CCGAACCUUAACCUCACUGCUAACGUUAUGCCUAACACUAACCUUAAAUUAAGACCAAAAAUCAAAUUUUUGUUUCCUGAAUUUUUACGAUAUAGCCAAUUAUGACUUUUUGGCUUUGGUAACUAGUGGAAACCCUCUAACUCACUCACACGGUCAGUAUCUGUCGGGGAAAGUCGCUUUCAGCAGAACCGACUAUUGUUUCUGUGGGAUUCAUUUCAAUAAUGAGCUACAGACAGACACGUUUUCCUGCAUCUCUCAUUCUCUAUCUAACUGCAGUAUAUUCGUGUAUUUGCGAGCUUGCUGUGGAUUCUAUUAUACUGUUGAGUCUUCUAUGGGUGUAGUCAGAGGAGACGGACCGCCUGAACUAAACUAGCCGCAGAAGUCUCAUCUCGGCGGGGGUCGCAUUUUGUGUAGCACCCUGGUUCAAAGAACCCCCCAAAAAACAAAGAAAUAUGGAGAAGUUGGAACAUGGAAACAGAUCAGAGGAAGAGUGUGAAUCUCACGGGGAGGAAGAGUUGGACCCCAGGAUCCAGGGGGAAUUGGAGAAGUUGAACCAGUCUACAGAUGACAUCAACCGCUGGGAGACAGAGCUGGAGGACUGUCGCCAGAGGUUCCGUGCGGUGCUGGUAGAAGCCACAGUGAAGCUGGAUGAGCAGGUGAAGAGGAUCGGCAGAGCUGUAGAAGACUCCAAACCUUACUGGGAGGCCAGGAGAGAGGCUAGACAGGCCCAGCUAGAGGCCCAGAGGGCGACGGGGGAGUUCCAGAGGGCGGUAGAGAUCCUGCGGGCGGCUAAAGAGACCAUCGCCCUGGCAGAGGAGAGACUCCUGGAGGAGGACAGCAGACAGUUUGAUUCAGCCUGGCAGGAGAUGCUCAACCACGCCACCAACAGGGUGAUGGAGGCGGAGACGGCGAGGACUCGUAGCGAAUUAGAGCACAGAAAGACGGCGAACCACUACAACGCCUGCAUCAGUCAUAUGAGACAGCUGGAGAAGAAACUAAAACGCACCAUCAACAAGUCCAGGCCAUAUUUUGAACUGAAGGCAAAAUACUACCUACAACUUGAGCAACUAAGACGACACGUAGACCAGUUUCAGGCCAAGCUGACCGUUGCCAAGGCAGAAUACCGCACAACGCUGCGUAACCUAGAGACCAUCUCCGAGGAGAUCCACUCCCGGCGACACUCCAUCACCAUGGGAACCAGAGGGAGGGGCGUGGGGGCUGAGGGGGAGGGGGGAAAUGAGGACAUCACCAACUUCAAGAUGGAGUCAGAUGGACUGUCCAUGGCAUCUGUGACGUUUGAUGAAGGCGGUAACGGUGGUGGAUCAGAGGAAGAGACAAAAACACACUCCUCUUCCUCCUCCUCUUCUCCCUACCCCUCCACCCCUCUGGACCUGCCCUGCUCCUACCCCUCCUCCUCUUCUCCCUACCCCUCCACCCCUCUGGACCAGCCCUGCUCCUACCCCUCAUUCUCCACCCCCUCUGCCUACCUCUCCCCCUGCCCAUCCCUCAUGUCCUCGUCCUGUCCCAGUGCCAUGGAGGGACCCAGUCCUGGCGGCUGGCUAAGCCCAGAGUCGAGGUGUGGAUCUCCUCUCCUCGGCCCCCGCUCCCAGUGCAGUGGAGCCUCCUCCCCAGACUGCGACCAGGAAAGAGGUGUGUGUGUGUGUGUGUUCCGGUGACUUUGUGUCUAUAAAUGUGAUAAUUGUUUGGAUUAUUGUUGGGCUACUGUUUAUAGGAUUGUAUGUUAGAAAACAAGUUUAUUCACCAUUAACUCUGCUUUUGUGUGUGUGUGUGUGUGUGUGAGUGUGAGUGUGAGUGUGAGUGUGAGUGUGAGUGUGUGUGUGUGUGUGUGUGUGUGUGUGUGUGUGUGUGUGUGUGUGUGUGUGUGUGUGUGUGUAGGGGACAGAGCAGAGGGCGCAGAGCAGAAGUUGGAGUCAGGUCUAAGUAAGCUGACCCUGACAAUAACACACCCACUGCAUCCUGGGAACGACGACCCCAAGGAUGACCCCAAGACGAUCUCCAGCUCCGCCACUACAACCCAUAUUCCCAACCUCACCAUCCUCCAGACCAACAGCGCCUAACGGACAGACAGCUUCACCUCUUACCCUUGACCCUUGACUCAUGACCUUUAAGCCUGAACUCUAACUCUGAGCCUUUCUAUGAACUUCAGUAACAUUACAAUGUGUUUUAUUCACUCCAGGAACAAAUCUGUAAUCACACCCUAUUCCAUGCAUAGGAGAUAAGGAAUAGUGGCAAUAGGGUGCCAUUUUGGAUCUUGCCCAGAACUGAUCUGGAAUAACCUGGAAGGGGAAAUAAACUUGGGGAUUGUGGGGGAUCAUAGCCAGGCAAGUCUAUUGUCUACACCUUAAAACACUCCGAAUGAAGGAAGGGUGUGAAAGAGACAUUGCUAUGGCCCGAUUCUCCAAAAAGGGUGGACUUGCACACUCACUGUCAUGGAUUUAAAAGCUGUUGAUUGGUGUAAGCUGGCGGGAGUUUUCACUAUUGUGACAUGUUGGAAUGACCCUGGAGAGAGAUAUGUAAAUAUGGCUGUUGAGCCCCCGGCUCCCCUGAUCCCACAACGUGUGUGAGGGGCAGAGGUUACCCUGGUCUCAGCGAGUGUGCUUGUGUGUCAGAGGAACAGCAUGUUCCUGCAGUUUUUCUGCCUCACAUAGACUGACUGGGGUUGUUUGCAAUUACUAUGUGUUGUACAUGUUUGUGUGUGUCGCUAUGCGUGGUAGGUAGGGCGACAGUGUGUGUAGAGACUGUUUCAGUGCAGUUGUAGUGUUGGUGUAUUACUCCUGUAUGGUGUAUGGGGAGAGCACAGUCUGACUCCAGUAGAGAGAGAGUCUAUAUUUAUGCUCUGUGUCUCUGACCUACACUAUGCAUCUGUUCUUAGAAUAAAACACGUCCUGACACUU